AUGACCGUAUCUGAAUUUAAACACUUGGAAUCCUGGGGUAACGUACAUUUGCAUAAACUGUUUGGAUGGUUAGAUUGUGCCUCCGACAAAGAUACCACUCCGUAUGUAGAUGUCAGCAAGUGGGCAGCCAUGGAAGGUAUCGUGUUCAAUUUUGCAUUCGCUUUGUUUUGCUGGCUACGUUACAAGAACCUUCUGCCCGAGUUCACCAAAGCCAACGAGUAUAUUAUGCGAGACGAACAAUAUCACGCUGCCGCUUGGUUACGGACAUUGGGACUAUUGAAGGAUGCGGGGCCGCAGAACGAAUCGUCAGUCAUUCCCCUAAAGGUUUUUUAUCCGCCCAUCUUGCCCAGGACGAGAUCAUUGAUUUAA